AUGAUUAAGGAUAUAGAAAAUAAGCACGGCGCAGUGCAUUCAACGUUCGACGACGCGUUCGAAGCGACUGGACACGGACGGUACAACUACUUAGUGCUUUUAGCAUGUUGCAUAAUAAAUAUGGCGGCUUCGAUGGACCUGUUCGGGUUUAGCGUGGUGGUGGCCGCCACUAACUGUGAUCUAAAUCUUACCAUCAGCCAAAUGGGUCUACUCGCUAGUUCACCCUUUUCAGGAUUAAUUUUUGCAUACCCCUGGGGGUAUUUUGCUGAUACCAAAGGAAGGAAGCCAGCUCUGAUCCUAUCAGCAACCGGAGGUUUUGUGUGUGCUACUCUCAGUAGCCUCUCAACACGAUGGGAGGUCUUGAUGGUAUCUAAGAUCAUUGGCUCGUGUUUUUCAAUGGCUUCCUUUAUGCUCACAAUAACAUAUCUUGGAGAAAACAUUGGCUUUAAGAAGAGGAAGCAGUUUAUUUUCAUUCUGAACAGCAUGAAUUUAGCUUCCGAGUCCGUUUCUUUCGGUCUUGCGUACCUGAUUCUCCCGCUGUCUGUAAAUCUUUACUUACCAUGGAUGACUACCAUAUUUCGAUCUUGGAGACUUCUCGUCCUGGCUAUGGCUGCUCCACUUGGGAUCGGAGCUCUGAUGAUGCUACUUCUAAAUGAAAGCCCCAAGUUUCUAGCUGAUCAAGGAGAAGAAGUGAAGUGUUUGGAAAUUUUGAAGAACAUUUUUGCAGCAAAUGGGGGCAAACGAGAAGAUUUCUCGGUCAAAAGGCUGGAAUGUACUGUAGCAAAAGAUGAGAAGGUUUCGCUACCUACGAUGCUUUGGAGGCAUGCGUCACCAAUUUUUAAGCCGCCGCUUCUUUGGACAACACUGCAGCUCUUCUAUGUGUUCGCUUUGGCUCAAGCUAUAUGCAAUAUAUACAUCAUGUGGUUACCAACGUUAUUAGAUUUCGUGUUUAAGUCUAUUUCAAAUUCAAGUGACGACUUAGGAUUCUGUUAUAGCAUCCAAAAUGCAACUUCUCGUGUUAAUGUGGAUCCUGAUGUCCCUUGCCGAGAAAUAGUAUCAGAGGAGGCAAUUGUGUCAGGUUUCUUCAUAAGUCUGAUAUUAGCUAUCCUCAAUUUAUCAGUUUCAAAGUUUGCUGCGAGACGUCGAUUAAUUUUAAUGUUGAUAUUCCUUAUCUCAGCCUUCAGUUGUAUUAUGGUAUCCGUUCUCAAGCAACCGAUAGCUAGUGUUAUAUUUUACACUUUAAUUCAAAGCACUUCAGUUAGCGUUGGAAGUGUCGUCUCCUUCUUUGUCGAUUUAUAUCCUACAUCCUGCAGAGGCCUUGCAACAAGCUUAGGAUUCAUGGUGGGACGAUUUAGUGCCCUCACUGGUACAGCUUUAGUUGGGCUGAUCAUCAGAACCCACUGUCAUCUAUUGUUUUACGUUACAGCCGUUUUAUUGUUAUCUGGCAUAUUGGUGGCGCUUCUGCUACCGGCAGAUAAAAAGAAGUGA